GUAAUCACUGUGUUGUUAGCAGUCCUGGCGAAACAUUCAAAGAGAAAGUCUUACACCAUGCAUGCGUUUACCGUUAUUUGUCCUUUGCUGCUGAUGUGGUCGUGCCACAUAAAGAAAAGCUGGUCCAAUGAGACUACUGAAAGCCAUUUGGGAGAAAACUUCACAUCAGAGUUUGAGUAUUCCACAGAGGCCGUGGAUUACAGCGAGCUUGAAUUAAUCUGCGAUAGAGGCUCCAACCGUUCCUUCCGUGCAUGGUUCCUUCCCACUAUCUACACGAUCAUCUGCCUCAUGGCCCUCGUGGGAAACUUUCUGGUCAUCCUAACCUACCUUUACUUCAAGAGGCUGAAGACGAUGACUGACGUCUACCUGCUCAAUCUAGCCAUGGCUGACCUGCUGUUUGCAAUUUCUCUCCCCUUCUGGGCAGCUAGUUUCAUGAGCAAGUGGCAUUUGGGUCUGUAUCCAUGCAAGGCCAUGUUCACCAUCUACAAGGUCAGCUUCUUCAGUGACAUGUUCCUUCUCACCUGCAUCAGCGUAGAUCGUUAUUUCUCCAUAACAAAGGCCGUCUCUGCUCAUCGCUGUCGCUCCAGUGCAGUCUUUUAUGGACAGGUGUCUUCUCUAGUAACGUGGGUGAUGGCAGUGAUCUUUUCAGUACCCGACAUGGUGUUCUCUGAAGUCAACAUCAAUGGAACUUGUACAGCAAAUGGCAACAACUAUGAAGCCUACCGCAUUAGGAUGCUGGUAAGUCAGAUGGUCCUGGGUUUUAUACUUCCAACGGUUGUCAUGGGGUUCUGUUACAUCUGUAUCAUCAAGACCCUUAUCCAAGCCAAGAACUUUGAGAGGAAUAAAGCCUUCAAGGUCAUCAUUGCAGUGGUAUCUGUCUUUGUGUUCAGUCAACUACCCUACAAUGUAGUCAUGGGAGUGACCACUCAGGACACAACGGAUUGCAACAAGGACAAGACUCGUCUUUACGCUUUGGAUGUGACCAGAGCCGUGGCCUUCUUGCGCUGCUGCAUAAACCCCUUCCUGUAUGCCUUCAUUGGGGUAAAGUUUCGCAAUGAUCUCCUGAAGCUACUGAAAGACUUGGGAUGUAUCAGAAAGAGCCACCUCAUGUACACCCACUGCGGUAAACGAAGAUCCUCUGUUGGCCUGGACACGGAAACCACAACAACGUUUUCCCCCUGAACGCUCCUAUCUGUUGAGGAACAGAUUCCAAAACAACAAAAAUGUCUUGCCAAUUUACUUCUGUUACAUAGUGGUAAAUCACUUCAUAGCUCCAUUCAGAGCAAACUGCCUGUGGAGGACUGUAUGUAGACAUAUACUGACAUACUACAAUUUCUGCUAUGCAGUGUUACUAGUGACUUACUGUACAAAAACUUCCUGCUUUGUAACAAUAAGCUUUUCACUUCUUGUUUUUCAUUGCUCUAGGAGAGAAAAAAUGUCAUUCACUCUUUGUUAUAUGAUAUAACCAUUUUGUGUUCAAUAUCUUGUUCUCAAUACCAAUAUAUGUCUAUACUGUA